UAAGCCACGCAAUGUCACUCACCUACAAUUGCUUUUUAGAGUAUCUAUAAGACAACCUAACGGGGAAUCAAAAAGGGGUGCCUAAUGCCAACUCUAAGUUGAAUGCUUCAUUCUCCCAUCGGAUUCUGAAAAUUAUGGCUGAUGCUAUUCCUUUGAGUUCCAUUUCUGAUCCAUACAAACACCUUCAGAUCACCCUUAAUCCCGAUGGCACGUUGACUCGCUUCAACAAUUCUGGAACAACUUCGGCCCAACCAGAAUUUUCCAGUGACUCGAAGACAGCAGUUCUCACCAAGGACAUCUCAAUCAACAAAUCAAACAAUACUUGGGCUAGAAUUUUCUUACCCAAGCAAGCACUUGACAUGCCCACAUCUGCUGAAAAGCUGCCAGUUUUUGUCUACUUCCAUGGUGGAGGGUUCAUUCUUCUCAGUCCAGAUGAAACCAUGAGUCAUGAAUUUUGUUCCAACAUGGCUACUGAACUCUCUGUUAUCAUUGUAUCAGCUAGCUACCGCCUGGCUCCCGAGCAUCGGUUGCCAGCGGCAUAUGAUGAUGCCAUGGAAGCCUUGUCCUGGAUCAAAACCAGUCAUGAAAAUUGGUUGGAAAAUUAUGCUGAUUACUCCAAGAUCUUCCUGAUGGGUGGUAGCGCAGGGGGUAACAUUGCAUAUCAUUUAGGACUGCGUGCAGCCGAACAAGCUGACAAUCUUCUGCCAUUGAAGAUCAAAGGACUAAUAUUGCACCAACCUUUCUUUGGUGGGGUCGAAAGGACUGGAUCAGAGUUAAGAUCAAUCGAGGAUCCCUUGUUUCCUCCAUGUGUAAGUGACUUAAUGUGGGAGUUGUCCUUGCCUAUUGGCAAUGACCGUGACCAUGAGUAUUGCAAUCCGACGGUAGGCAAUGGCUCUACUGCUUUGGAGAAGAUCAAACGGGUAGGAUGGAGGGUAUUUGUUUCGGGGUGCGAUGGGGAUCAAUUGAUAGACCGUCAAAUUGAGUUGGUGAAGAUGAUGCAGAAGAAGGAAAUUGAAGUGGUAUGUCGUAUUGUUGAAGGAGGUUGCCAUGGGCUCGAAGUUUUUAAUCCCUCUAAGGCUAAGGCAUUGUACGUUGUCCUAAAAAAUUUCAUAUUCUCUUCAAUAUAAACUUCACCCAACAGUCAAAGCAUAGAGGCUUCUGUUUGUGGGUGUGUUUUUUUUUUUUUUUUUAACUUCUGUUUGUGAGUUUGAUUCCAUAUAAAAAAACAAAAAAAGA